AUGGAGAGGUACGAAGUUGUUAAGGAUUUGGGAGCUGGGAAUUUUGGAGUGGCGAGACUUUUGAGGAACAAGGAGACUAAGGAGCUUGUUGCCAUGAAGUACAUCGAGCGUGGCCAUAAGAUUGAUGAGAAUGUGGCAAGAGAGAUUAUCAACCAUAGGUCUCUUCGACACCCGAAUAUAAUUCGCUUUAAGGAGGUGGUUUUGACUCCUACUCAUUUGGCAAUAGUGAUGGAGUAUGCAGCUGGAGGUGAACUCUUUGAGAGGAUAUGUAGUGCUGGACGGUUUAGCGAAGACGAGGCUAGAUAUUUCUUUCAGCAGCUGAUAUCUGGUGUCCAUUACUGUCAUGCUAUGCAAAUAUGUCAUAGAGAUUUGAAGCUGGAAAACACACUUUUAGAUGGAAGCCCUGCGCCUCGCUUGAAAAUUUGUGACUUCGGUUAUUCCAAGUCAUCUUUGCUUCAUUCCCGACCCAAAUCAACUGUUGGAACUCCAGCUUAUAUAGCACCGGAGGUUCUUUCUAGGAGGGAGUAUGAUGGCAAGUUGGCUGAUGUGUGGUCGUGCGGAGUAACCCUUUAUGUCAUGCUGGUUGGAGCAUAUCCCUUCGAGGAUCAAGAUGAUCCUAGAAACUUCAGGAAAACAAUUCAGCGCAUAAUGGCCGUUCAAUACAAAAUCCCUGAUUAUGUUCACAUAUCUCAAGAUUGCAAACACCUUCUAUCUCGUAUAUUUGUUGCAAAUCCAUUAAAGAGAAUUUCUCUCAGGGAAAUCAAAAACCAUCCAUGGUUUUUAAAGAAUCUUCCAAGGGAGCUAACUGAAUCAGCUCAAGCUGCAUACUACCAGAGAGGCAAUCCAAGCUUUUCCAUUCAAAGUGUGGACGAGAUAAUGAAAAUUGUGGGAGAGGCGAGGGAACCUCCUCCGGUAUCUAGGCCGGUCAAAGGCUUUGGCUGGGAAGGCGAGGAGGAAGAAGAAGAACCGGAAGAAGAGGGGGAGGAAGAGGAAGAUGAAGAAGAUGAGUAUGACAAAAGGGUCAAAGAGGUUCAUGCAAGUGCAGAAUUUCAAAUCAGUUCAGAAGUGUAA